GCGCUCCCGCGGCGGGCACGGCAGCAGCGCAGAGCCCCUUCCCAGCCCAGCCGAGGCACCGCGACCCCCGCGGCCGCCCCCGCCGCCGCCCCGGCCAUGAGGUCGGGCCGGAGAGACGGCACCUGUGCGGGGAGGUGAGCGGAGCCCCGGCGCCUUCCUCCUACCCCCGGGCAGCCACCGCGGCGGGGGAAGCGCAGGGGGUGGAGGAAGGGAAAAGGAUUUUUAUUUUUAUUUUUUAAUUUUUUUUUUUUUUUAUAAUACAUCAAUACAUUUUUGCUGCGAUCAAUCCCGAUCCCGCGACUGAAGCCCCCGGAGGGAGAAGUGCUGCGCGCUGUGAUGCGUCUUCCUCUCGCCUCGGCUGCCAGUUUGGAUUGUAGCGCCCGGCUCCGUGCACCGCGAGGAUGGCUCGGUUUGGGGAUGAUCUGCCGACCCGCUAUGGAGGUGGAGGGCCGGCCGGGGCUGGAAGAGGGAGCAGCCGGCAAGGUGGCCCCCAAGCCGGCCAGAGGAUGUAUAAGCAGUCGAUGGCUCAGAGGGCCAGGACUAUGGCUCUCUACAACCCCAUCCCUGUCAAACAGAACUGCUUCACAGUCAACAGAUCCCUCUUCAUCUUCAGUGAAGAUAAUGUUAUACGGAAAUACGCCAAGCGAAUAACAGAAUGGCCUCCAUUUGAAUACAUGAUUUUAGCUACAAUCAUAGCCAAUUGUAUCGUGCUGGCUCUGGAACAACAUUUGCCGGAUGGAGACAAGACGCCGAUGUCGGAGAGAUUGGACGACACCGAGCCCUACUUUAUUGGAAUAUUUUGUUUCGAGGCUGGGAUAAAAAUCAUCGCUCUGGGGUUUGUUUUUCACAAAGGCUCUUACCUCCGGAACGGCUGGAACGUGAUGGAUUUUGUCGUGGUCCUCACGGGGAUUCUGGCGACUGCAGGCACUGACUUUGACCUGAGGACCCUGCGAGCCGUGCGAGUGCUGCGACCCCUGAAACUCGUGUCGGGAAUCCCAAGCCUGCAGGUUGUGCUCAAGUCCAUCAUGAAGGCGAUGGUGCCCCUGCUGCAGAUCGGGCUGCUCCUCUUCUUCGCCAUCGUCAUGUUUGCCAUCAUCGGGCUGGAGUUUUACAUGGGCAAGUUCCACAAAACCUGCUUCUCCAACGAGACAGGUGAUGAGGUGGGAGAUUUCCCCUGUGGAGAGGAGCCCCCUGCCAGGCAGUGUGAGAGCGGGACCACCUGCAGGGAGUACUGGCAAGGGCCCAACUACGGCAUCACCAACUUCGACAACAUCCUCUUUGCUGUGCUCACCGUCUUCCAGUGCAUCACCAUGGAGGGGUGGACAGACAUCCUCUACAAUACAAACGAUGCUGCAGGAAAUACCUGGAAUUGGCUUUACUUCAUCCCUCUCAUCAUCAUUGGCUCUUUCUUCAUGCUCAACUUGGUGCUGGGCGUCUUAUCAGGUGAAUUUGCCAAAGAACGCGAGCGGGUGGAGAACCGCCGGGCUUUCCUCAAGCUCCGCCGGCAGCAGCAAAUCGAGCGGGAGCUCAACGGGUACCUGGAGUGGAUCUUCAAAGCAGAGGAGGUCAUGCUGGCGGAGGAAGACAAGAACGCAGAAGAGAAAUCUCCUCUGGACGGGAGGGCCGCCUCGGAAGGGCCGAUCCACCAAGGCACGGCACCGGCAGAGACUAGCAGCGGCAGCAGCUACAACAUGUUGAAAAGAGCCGCAAUAAAGAAGAGCAAAAACGACCUGAUUCAUGCAGAAGAAGGUGAGGACCAUUUCACAGACAUUUGCUCCGUUGGGUCUCCUUUUGCCCGCGCCAGCUUGAAGAGUGGGAAGAACGAGAGCUCGUCCUACUUCAGGAGGAAAGAGAAGAUGUUCCGGUUCUUCAUCCGCCGCAUGGUGAAGGCUCAGAGCUUCUACUGGAUUGUCCUGUGUGUGGUGGCCCUCAACACCCUCUGUGUGGCCAUGGUGCACUAUGACCAGCCGGAGAAGCUCACCACUGCUCUCUAUUUUGCAGAGUUUGUUUUCCUGGGGCUGUUCCUUACUGAGAUGUCUUUGAAGAUGUAUGGGCUGGGGCCAAGGAACUACUUCCACUCUUCCUUCAACUGCUUUGACUUUGGGGUCAUCGUGGGAAGUAUAUUUGAAGUUAUUUGGGCUGCAGUGAAACCAGGAACAUCAUUUGGCAUCAGUGUAUUGAGGGCACUUCGACUGCUGAGGAUUUUCAAAGUAACAAAGUACUGGAAUUCCCUGAGGAAUCUGGUGGUCUCCUUGCUGAACUCCAUGAAGUCCAUCAUCAGUUUGCUUUUCCUGCUGUUCCUGUUCAUCGUGGUGUUUGCUUUGCUGGGGAUGCAGCUCUUUGGAGGACAGUUCAAUUUCCAAGAUGAAACUCCCACCACCAAUUUCGACACCUUCCCCGCUGCCAUCCUCACAGUAUUCCAGAUCCUGACAGGGGAGGACUGGAAUGCCGUGAUGUACCACGGGAUAGAGUCGCAGGGCGGGGUCCGCUCGGGGAUGUUCUCCUCCAUCUACUUCAUCGUCCUGACGCUCUUUGGGAACUACACCCUCCUGAACGUCUUCUUGGCCAUCGCUGUGGACAACCUGGCCAAUGCCCAGGAGCUGACCAAGGAUGAGGAGGAGAUGGAGGAAGCCACCAACCAGAAGCUGGCCCUGCAGAAGGCCAAGGAAGUGGCCGAAGUGAGCCCCAUGUCUGCAGCCAACAUUUCCAUAGCAGCUUUUGUAAAGCAAACUCGAGGUACUGUAUCUCGCAGCUCGUCAGUCUCCAGCGUAAAUUCACCCAAGCAGCAGAACUCCUCCAAAUCCAAGUCGGUGUGGGAGCAGAGGACCAGCCAGAUCCGGAUGCACAACUUCCGAGCCAGCUGCGAGGCGCUGUACAACGAGCUGGACCCCGAGGAGCGGGUCCGCUACGCCACCACCCUGCACAUCAGGCCGGACAUGAAGACCCACCUGGACCGGCCGCUGGUGGUGGAGCCCAGGAGCGAGGGCAGGAACAACAUCAGCAAGCUGAGCCCCGGGGACGUGCAGGAGGCGCAGGAGCACCCCAAGGGCAGCUCUGCCGACGGGGCAGAAGCCCCACGGAAGCACCACCGGCACCGGGAGAAGGAGAAGCAGGCCGAGCAGGAGAAGGGCGACGCGCCCAAGGAGGAGGGCGCGGAGACCGCGGUGGCCAACAAGGAGGAGCGGCACCGGCAGCACCGGAGCCGCAGCAAGGAGGUGGAGGGCGGCAGCAAGGAAGGGAAAAGCGAGAGGAACAGGGGGCAGGAAGGGGGGAAGAGGCACCACCGGCGGGGCUCGGUGGACGAAGGGGGGGAGAAGGAGCACCGCAGGCACCGCACGCACCGGCACUCCACAGAGCGCCAGGGCAAGGACGGCAACGGCACCGCCAACGGCACCCGCGGAGAGCGGCGCUCCCGGCACCGCGGAGGGUCCCGCUCCGGGAACAGGGACGGAGAGCCCAAGGGGGAGAACGGGGAGGAGCCCCACAGGCGGCACAGGCUGAGGAACAGGGCCCUGUCCACGUACGAGUCGGUGGAGAAGGAGAACGGGGAGAAGGAGGCGGAGGCUGCGGAGAAGGAGCACCGGAACCACCAGCCCAAGGAGAACCAGUGUGAGAUCGAGGCCAGUGGGAGUGUGAGUGUCCCUGUGCACACCCUGCCCAGCACUUACCUGCAGAAGGUGCCUGAGCAGCCAGAAGACGCCGACAACCAGAAGAACGUGACGCGGAUGAUUCAACCCCCCCUGGACAAAACCACCACUGUGAACAUCCCCGUCACCAUCACGGCCCCACCAGGGGAAACCACUGUCAUACCAAUGAACAACGUGGAGUUUGAGAGCAAAACAGAGGAGAAGAAAGACGUCGAUGACCUGACGAAAAAUGGGCCUAAACCAAUCUUGCCUUACAGUUCCAUGUUCAUCCUGAGCCCCACAAACCCGAUUCGGCGGCUCUUCCACUACAUCGUCAACCUGCGCUACUUCGAGAUGGUCAUCCUGAUCGUCAUCGCCCUCAGCAGCAUUGCCCUGGCUGCAGAAGACCCUGUCCAAGCUGAGUCACCCAGGAAUGAUGCUCUGAAAUACUUGGAUUAUAUAUUUACAGGUGUCUUUACCUUUGAGAUGGUGAUCAAGAUGAUUGACCUGGGGCUGUUACUCCACCCUGGCUCCUAUUUCCGUGACCUGUGGAACAUCCUGGACUUCAUUGUGGUCAGUGGGGCCUUGGUGGCAUUUGCCUUCUCGAGUUUCAUGGGAGGAACCAAAGGCAAGGACAUCAACACAAUCAAGUCCCUGCGAGUCCUGCGGGUCCUCAGGCCUCUGAAAACCAUCAAACGGCUGCCAAAACUAAAGGCUGUCUUUGACUGUGUGGUGAACUCCCUGAAGAACGUCCUCAACAUCCUCAUCGUUUACAUGCUCUUCAUGUUCAUUUUUGCCGUCAUUGCUGUGCAGCUCUUCAAGGGCAGAUUCUUCUACUGCACUGACGAGUCCAAGGAGCUGGAGAAGGACUGCAGGGGUCAGUACCUCGAUUAUGAAAAAAAUGAGGUGGAGGCUCAGCCCAGGGAAUGGAAAAAAUACGAGUUCCACUAUGACAACGUGCUCUGGGCUCUGCUCACGCUCUUCACCGUGUCCACGGGGGAAGGGUGGCCAACCGUGUUGAAGCACUCGGUGGACGCCACCUACGAGGAGCAGGGUCCCAGCCCUGGCUACAGGAUGGAAAUGUCCAUCUUUUACGUGGUGUAUUUUGUUGUCUUCCCUUUUUUCUUUGUGAACAUCUUUGUGGCUUUAAUCAUCAUCACCUUCCAAGAGCAAGGAGAUAAAGUGAUGUCAGAGUGCAGCCUCGAGAAAAACGAGAGGGCCUGCAUAGACUUUGCCAUAAGUGCCAAGCCCCUGACCCGGUACAUGCCCCAGAACAAGCAAUCCUUCCAGUACAAGAUGUGGAAAUUCGUGGUGUCCCCUCCCUUCGAGUAUUUUAUCAUGGUCAUGAUCGCCCUCAACACCAUCGUCCUCAUGAUGAAGUUCUAUGAUGCUCCAGAAGCAUAUGAAGAAAUGCUGAAAUGCCUGAAUAUCGUGUUUACAUCCAUGUUUUCCAUGGAAUGUGUGCUGAAGAUCAUUGCCUUUGGUGUGCUGAAUUACUUCCGAGAUGCCUGGAAUGUCUUUGAUUUUGUCACAGUGUUGGGAAGUAUUACUGAUAUUUUAGUAACAGAGAUUGCGGACAACUUCAUCAACCUCAGCUUCCUGAGGCUCUUCAGGGCAGCCAGACUCAUCAAACUCCUCCGCCAGGGCUACACCAUCCGAAUCCUGCUCUGGACAUUUGUGCAGUCCUUUAAGGCCUUGCCUUACGUGUGUCUCCUCAUUGCAAUGCUCUUCUUCAUCUAUGCCAUUAUUGGCAUGCAGGUAUUUGGGAACAUUGCAUUAGACGAUGAAACCUCCAUUAACCGGCACAACAACUUCCGUACCUUCCUCCAAGCCCUGAUGCUUCUGUUCAGGAGUGCCACGGGGGAAGCCUGGCACGAGAUCAUGUUGUCCUGCUUGAGCAACAGAGCCUGUGACCCCCUCUCUGGCCUCACCAAGAAGGAAUGUGGCAGUGAUUUUGCCUAUUUCUACUUUGUGUCCUUCAUCUUCCUCUGCUCCUUCCUGAUGUUAAACCUGUUUGUGGCUGUGAUCAUGGACAACUUUGAGUACCUGACAAGAGACUCCUCCAUCCUGGGGCCGCACCACUUGGACGAGUUCGUGCGUGUCUGGGCCGAGUACGACCCCGCUGCCUGUUGCCGGAUUCAUUAUAAGGAUAUGUACAAUUUGUUACGUGUAAUUGCUCCACCCCUGGGCUUAGGAAAGAAGUGCCCUCAUAGGGUGGCAUACAAGCGCCUGGUGAGGAUGAACAUGCCGAUAUCCCCCGAGGAUCUGACUGUCCACUUCACAUCCACGCUGAUGGCCCUGAUCAGAACCGCCCUGGAGAUCAAACUGGCCUCAGGUGGAGUUAAACAGCACCAGUGUGAUGCUGAGCUGAGAAAGGAGAUCUCCCUGGUUUGGCCCAACCUGUCCCAGAAGACUCUGGAUCUGCUGGUGCCUCCUCACAAACCUGAUGAAAUGACUGUGGGGAAGGUCUACGCAGCCCUGAUGAUAUUUGACUUCUACAAGCAGAAUAAGAACAGCAGGGAACAAGUCCAACCCCCUGGAGGCCUCUGCCAGCCUGGCCCAGUGUCCCUGUUCCACCCCUUGAAGGCCACCCUGGAGCAAAGCCAGUCCACAGCGUUCAGCAACGCCAAGGCCUUCCUGCGCCAGAAGAGCUCGGCCUCCCUCAACAACGGGGGUGCACUACCAGCCCCAGAGGGUGGGAUCAAAGAGUCCAGUUCCUGGGGGACCCAGCGCACCCAGGACGUGUUUUACGAGACCAGGACACCAGCUUUUGAGCGAGGCCACUCCGAGGAAAUCCCCAUCGAACGGGUGGUAGAAAUGAGGGAAAUCAGCCCCACAGUUGCCAAUGGAGAGCCCCAGCCAGGGCUGGAGAGCCAGGGCCGGGCGGCCUCCAUGCCACGCCUGGCUGCCGAAACUCAGCCCAUCCCGGACACGAGCCCCAUGAAGCGCUCCGUGUCCACGCUGACCCCGCAGCGCCCUCACGCCAUGCACCUCUACGAGUACUCCCUGGAGAGGAUGCCCCCGGAGCAGGGGCACCACCACCACCACCACCGCUGCCACCGGAGGAAAGAGAAGAAGCAGAAGUCCCUGGACAGGGCCGCCCAUCACUUGGCCGAUGGACAGGCUGCAGCCCAGGCUGGUGAGUCUUCUGCCAAGGACAAGAAGGAGCGGGGGCGGUCCCAGGAGAGGAAGCAGCACUCCUCGUCCUCCUCCGAGAAGCAGCGCUUCUACUCCUGCGACCGCUACGGCAGCCGGGAGCGCUCCCAGCCCAAGUCUGCUGAGCAGAGCAGGCCCACCUCCCCCAACGGGGGGCCAGAGCAAGGUCCACACAGACAGGGCAGUGGUUCAGUUAAUGGGAGCCCCUUGCUGUCGACAUCUGGUGCUAGUACCCCCUGCCGGGGUCGGAGGCAGCUCCCACAGACUCCACUGACCCCACGCCCCAGCAUCACUUACAAGACCGCUAACUCCUCGCCCGUGCACUUCACCACUGUCCAACCCGGCCUCCCCACCUUCUCCCCGGGACGCCUGAGCCGCGGUUUGUCGGAGCACAACGCGCUGCUCCGCGGGGAGCACCAGCCGCCCCCGCCGCCCGUGGCCCGCACCGGCUCCGACCCCUACCUGGGGCCCCGCGACGACGCCGACAGCCCCUCGCGCGCCGCGCCCGAGGACACGCUCACCUUCGAGGAGGCCGUGGCCACCAACUCGGGGCGCUCCUCAAGGACUUCUUAUGUCUCCUCCCUGACCUCCCAGUCGCACCAAAUCCGCCGCGUGCCCAACGGCUACCACUACACGCUGGGGCUCAACACGGGCCCCGGCGCCGGCGCCAGAGGACGUAGCUACUACCACGAGGCCGAUGAGGAUGACUGGUGCUAGCGGCCUGGCAGAGCCCUCCGCGGCGUGCGCGGUUAAUUACGAUGAGUUUUAUCAUCUGGAAGGCCGGCGGGGCAGCCCCUGCCAUGAGAACUGCUCUGCGCCCGGGGCCGGAGACGCCCCUGCAGCCUCUCUCCGCUCUUUGUUCUGUAUUUAUUUUUAUUUUUAUUUUUAUUUUUUAUUUAUGGGUUGGGUUUUUUUUUUUUUGCACUAGACAAACGGAGGAAGAAGGCUCCCUCCUUCAGGGGAAGGCAGCACAUCUCUCUGUCCCCCCUGGCCCGCCUCCCCACUGCCUUGUCUAGUCACAGACACGCACCAGAUGCCAAACUGGCGACAGAGGCGAGAAGCCGAGAGAAGAGGGAUCCUCACCUCGAGUGGUGGAAGAGCAGACUGUCCAUCCUUUGCGAGAUCGGCGCAGUUUUUGUUGGGCUAAUUUCUUAUUUCAUUUAUCACCACCAUUUCUUCCCCUCCCCGGUCAGGGUGGGAGUCGGGGGCUGCAAAGGACACACACACGGGGACAAGGAUCACGCCCGCGCUCGGCCCCAUCGGCCACUCGGAAGGGAGAGAUGUACCCGAGCAACUGGGAGAGGAGAACCACAGCCCAGAACAAAGGACAGUCCAUUGGGACUUGAUGUUCAGCCACAGGAAUUCCUUUUCGGCAGAGCUUGGUGCCACCCCCCCAGAGGUGACCCCGGCAGCCGGGACCCUGCUGUGACAGCGCUGCCGUGGGGGUCCCUCCUGUCCCACUCACCACAUCGGGCCCUUCACACUGACACACGAUAAAGCCACAAAAGAGCUCCUUUGUAAGGACUGUUUCCUUGCUGCUGAGACUUUCCAUUCCAUCCCUCUCUCCUGUCGACCGCCACACCGCCCCUCACUGUUUUGUCUUGUUUACAAUAUAAGCUUGAUUUAGCAAAAAAAAAAAAAAAAAACACAACAAAAAAACCACAAACAAAAAAUAACAACUUAAAAAGAAGUCCUGAAGGGAAAAAAGGAAAGAAAAAAAAAAAAAGAGGAAAAAAGCGUAGGGGUGAUAAGAAGAAAUGUUAUUGGUUUUAUAUCAAGCUAUUAGAUAGAACUUUAACUUUUCAUUGUGUGCAUUUUUUGUAAAUUGUACAGUAAAACAAAAAAAAAAAGAAAAAAAGAGAAAAAAAUUUACUCUUUAUGUAGAGAAUUAGUCCAAUUGUCAUUCCAGGUCCCACCGUUUCUACCGAAUGCUCCAGUUGUUCACUACUAAGUGCCUAACCUUUGAAAUCUUUCACAGUGACGAUGCAACCUCUUUGCUUCGAUGCAUCAGACCUUGGGCAAGCGUGGGGAGGGCAGGAGGGAGGGCAGAGCCUGGAGAGCCCCUCGCCCUGGAGGGCCCACAGGGCUCCCACCGCCCCCACAGUGCACUCGAGUGCCAGGUUGGAAGCUUCCAGCGGGGAAGGCAAACACGCUUCGCGGUUGGUUUGGGUUUUGUUGGCCUUUUUCUAAUUUAAUUUCAUUUUAUUUUUUUUUUUGUUGGUUUUAUCGGUGGGAGGGGAGCGGUUGCAGCAAACAAACCCGGCCUUUUCUCAUUGACUAGCGCUGAGGGAGGGAUGCAGGUGGAAAAGUACAGCAUCUGCAGGGCUGCUCCUGCAGGAGGAGCAGCGUCUCACACGGACCGUGAGAGCUCUGGCCGUGCUCCACGGUGCAUCAUCUGCGUGGAGGGCAGUCUUGGUUUUAUUGCCUGUUAAGAGAAGGUCAAAAUAAUAAUAAUAAUAAUAAUAAUCCAAACCUCUAACUCUGAUUCUCAGGGAUGAGAUUUCUGCGUUCUCGCAACGACUCUUGCGUUGGAUGAUUCCUUUCUUUUGUGCCCCUGUGGAUUUCUGCACUGUGAGCCUGGCAAAGAGGCAAACAUGCUGUGCUGGCGGGGAGGGAGGCUGGAAGCAGAGCUCGGGCAGGACCUCCCAUCCCUGGCUCUGCUGAGCUCUUGUAGGGCUGCUUUGGGGCACAGGGUGGCCAGGGGACACAAGGAAUAAAGGUGGAAGGAACGAGGGUGGGAGGUGCCAGGCGAGCACAUCCUAAAAACCCUGUUAGGAAAGAGGAGGGGGUUGCACAGAGGAAUUUUUUCAGAGGAUCUCCCAAGCCCCAGAACUGUGAAGCUUCUCCAGACGAAGCGGUUGCUUAGGACGGGGAGAGAUCCCGCCGGAUCCUGGUGAUCCCUUCGGGCUUUGGGGAGAUUGGAGGGUAUUGGAUGCUACCAAAAUGCUCAGGAGGUCUCUUCAUGCUCUCAGCAAAAGCCUUUCAGCCUCAGGCAGGGAGCAGUUUGCUGUAGGGUGGUUCUUCACAUCUCCUGUAGCUCUUCCAUUGAGGAAAUUCAACCUGGUUUGUUUUUUGGUUUUUUUCCCGUUUCCUUCCGUGUUUGUUUUUUUUUCCUUUUCCUUUUGUUCCGUUAAUAAUAACCUCCGGCUGAUCUCAUCCCUGGAUUCUGCUAAAGGAGAACUCCUGUCUGUAUCUCUGUCUCUGUAUUUCUGUGCACUUCCAGUCAAGGCAGUGUGGGCAGCCGGAGCUCCCCGUGGGCCGGGCUGGGAUUCCCAAAAAAGGAGGGCUAUGCAACAAGAUGACACGUUCGGACACACAUCCAACCCACCAACAGUCAGAAAGACCUUCAUCCAUCCUGUAGCUUUACCUGCUGGAUUUUCCUGUUUCAGGCUUCAGCAUGAUUGUGACCAAAUGUUUGAUACGUUUAUUUUGUUUUAUUUUUCCCCUUUAAACGAAGGCACAAACACUUUAUUGGAAAGUUUUCAAGAAAACAUUACUCUUUUAUUCCAGGAGGCUCAAGGGGAGGGGAAACACAAUCUCUCUGCCCGUGCAUGCAAACGUUGUAAAACACUGGAAAGCGAAAGAGAUGUCUUUCUGUACUCAAUAAUUCUGUCUUUUCCCCCUUUCCUCCUUCAUUUUAGACCCCCCCCCAACCCCCAGCCCUGCACUAAAACCACAACCAGACGAUGGCCUUGGGUCACCCCCAAUUCUUAGGCAGAACCUGAAGAAGAAUCUCAAGUUGUCCAAAUCCCCCCCCUGCCUCGUAGGGCUCGAUGACAAGUGACAGACAAACCUGACCACAACUGUUCAUAAAUAACCCUUUCCAGACCUUUUUUUACAGCCUCUCUGCUGUCUCUUCAGUGCAUCCAUGAUAUUUCCAAGGUUCCUCAUAGUGAGUUGCCAAACUUGAAUUGCACCGACCAGUUUUCUGCAUCCAGAACCAGUCUCGUAGUUGGCUGUACUUUGAAUAAGUAAUGUUUGCAUGUAAAAUAUAUACAUAUAUACAUAUAUAUAAAACGAACAAAAAAAAAAAAAGUAUGUGCAUGGAAAAAAAAAUAAUGUUUAUCUUCGUACUUUUUUGAUACAAGGUAUUCAUCAGUUGUUAAUUUUUAAUUAUAUUUGAUAUAAAUUGGGGGUUUGUUGCAAAACUUUAUAUUUAAAAAAAAAACAGUGUUAAAAACCAUCGAAGUUCCAACCAUGCAACACAAGCGGAACUUUACCCAAAAAAAUAAAAAGGAGGGAAAAAAAUAAAAUAAAACCCAUGCAAAGAGAAAAAAAAAAAGAAAAAAAAAGGUUCUGUGAUUGCUUAGUUUGCUGCCUGAGUAAUAUUUAUCAGCCAAACUUUGAAUUCUGCAGUUGUUUCUACAAUUAACAUUUUGUAUGAAGCAAAGUCCUUGAAUUAAAAUAAAAACUUAGCAAAAAAAAAACCACCAAAAACCUGACAAAUUCCCAGCCGGUGUGUGCGGUGUGCCUGGUGACCGGGGAGAGCUGUGGAGGGACAGCCUGUGCCCUCCAGUGUGAAACUGGGCUUAGUUCAGCCCAAAUUGGGAUGUUUUAAAGGAACUGGCCACUUUUGUGUUUGUUUCCAUAGAGGCUUCACAGCUGCUCGGUUUGAGUCGGGAGCUGUUGGCAAAUUUGCCUUCCCAGCGUGGAUCCGGUUGGAGGUCGUGGUUCCUGGAGUCCAACAGGCAGCAAAACUGUAGGAUUUAAGCCUAAUCACCCCAGCAGUGAUUGAGUGAUUGAUUCCUUCCAGGGGUUUUAUCUUGUAGAACACUCUCUCAGGUUGCCCAGCCCUGCAAACGUUCAAGGUCAGCUUGGACGGGGCUCUGAGCAGCCUGACCUUGUUGAACGUGUCCCUGCUCGCCCCAGAAGGGUUGGGCUUGAUGGCCUUUAAAAGUCCCUUCCACCCCAAACUGUUCUGUGUGCAAAAAGGUGGCUCCCUGUGGCUUUAAACCCGAUUCAGCCUUAAGCCCCACUCCCAGCAGAUGUUUUUAUGCUACCUCAGGUAGCUGUGGAAAUCAUGGAUUGAGGAGUCUGUCACGUGUCCAGGCCGUGCUGUAGCACUUGUAGAAAAAAAAGAAUUAAUAAUCAUAAUAAUAAUAAUACUUGUGGAGUUCACCUUGAAGUUCCUUCCCCAAGACUUGCACUGAGCAGAAGAAAAACCUGAGGGCUCUUGGUACACAAGGAAGGAACUUCUCAUUUCUUUGGAUCACUGGAGAACCACCCUCAUUCCCUACCUGGGGGAGAAAUCCACUGUGUUUCUCCUUCAUCAGGGUCUGCUGGUGUCACACUUCUGACAGUGUCACGCUUCUGGCAAUGCCCAAAAAACUCUUGAGGAUGAUGAAUAGCAGCAGGACCGUUGCAGUUUUGCACUUUUCAGAGCACAAGGUCUGUUUUAAUAUUGGACUCUUCUUCUCUCUCGUUGCAUCAUUUCUGUGAUGAGAACACCCAAGGUGCCCCCUGAGAUUCAGUGUGGAGUGAAAGGAAAAGAUCCUUAAAUCCCUGAUGACCAGGUCAGGCUGUAGCUUUGGAAGAAAAGGGUUUUGCUUGGGGUCACACAGGACAUGAUUAGUGGAGUUUGGAGCCGAAGAUCUCAGCUUGUGAUCUGGUCUGUGUGGGGCUUGGGGUUCUUGGGCAGGACAGCAGUGGAGCAGAAGGGAGAAGAGGAGGAUUUUUAUUACUUUUAAGAGCAUUAUUCUUGAGAUACACCCAAAAAAAAGACGAAAUGGAGGUUUCUAAGUGGCAUGCAAGGGAAGGCUUGCAAAGGUUUGCACAGGAUUUGAGAAUCAGGAUCAAUGUGCACCCCGACCUCAGAGGGGACCCCCACGGCGUUUGCUCCACCACACCCACCUGUGGAGCUGGAACCUGCCUGGAGGACUGGAUGAACCACCUUUCCCCUCCAGAUGUGUAUCACAGAGAACCCCCACAACCAGUUUACAAUCCUAUAUAUGUUUUAAAAUCCUAAAAGGCUUUUGGUGACUUUUCUGCGCUUUUAAAGUAUUUUUUCUUUCUUUUUUUUUUUUUUUUCUUUCUCCCUCCUGAUUUCAGUUGUAUCUUUUUGGUCUGAGGCAUCAAUGCACCAUCAACUUCUCCAGGGGCUGCCUGAGUCCUGAAGGAGCUGGAGCAGGCAGGAUCCCCACUGCCACACUCAAAGCAUCUCCCCCAUCCCACACACUGGAUGUGGAACCCUCGGGUUUGUUUUGCUCCGGUUUGAUUUCAGCUGAAUCCCACAAAAUGGCUCUAUUUUUAUACCAUUCCUGAUAUAACUCCAUGCACAGCUGCUGUCAGGGGGUUUGCACAAGUUCUCUUCUCCCCCAGGGACACAUCUUGCUAGCAGAAACAGCAGUAUUUCCAUUCCCUGUAGUUCCAUUCCUGUAUUAUUUCCAUUCCCUGUAUCUCCACUGCCGGCCCUGUGGAUAAAAUCCUGGUCAGCAUUUCCCAGGCCAGCACCCCACACCCGGUUGUGCCAUUAGGGGGUAGCAUUUUCAGGCUUUUCCUACUUUCUAGGGAAGCAACAACAUAAAUGGGAAAAGCCUGAUUCAUCUUGCCACUCUUUGAGGGUCAUUCCCUGAAAUAUUUGUCUUGGGAUGCAGAAAACUCAGGGUGAGACACCGAGUCCAAGGUGCUCAGGUAAUUUGGCCUUUUGUAUUCCCUGGAGCUGAUUUCCCAUUCCAGCCACGUCUGCAGACGGUGCCUGCAGAUUCCUGCAUGCCCUCCAAGGUGAUGAAUUAUUUCUCCCAGAGUAUCUCAUCCCUCUUUAUCAAUUCUAAGUAGCUCUCCUGAUAUUUUCCUGGCUGUGAAAACACCGUUUGCAGAAAAGUGCCUGAUCACAAUAAGGAGCCUCAACUCAACGCUGUCUCUCAGCACAUUCCAAAAUAUUUUUGCAGAAGAGGCGAGUUUUGCAUUUUUAUGUGAUAAAAGGAGUAGACUGAGAUACUUGGAGGGAACUAAAUUGCCCAGGGCCAGCCGGCAAGGACAAGGUUGGGGUUGCUCUGCCUCCUUUGUGUUUCAGGUCACCGGUUUGUCCAUGAUUCUUUUGCAUCCACAGGUUUGUAGUAGGAUCCCAGUGAAGUGUCACUGGGAAUUGGGCUGUGUUGGUUGCUUGGGGGGAGUUCAAAGGGAAGGGUAAUUGAGGGAAGCAGUAAGAGAAGUGCUGGUGGUGGCGAUAUAGGGGUGAGGAGCUCUGUGGUGACGCUGAGGGGUCUCAAAUAUUUGUGGGGCUGAAGUCCUGGGGUGGGUGAGGGAACUGCUGAGAGGGGUCUGAGCAAACCAACCCUCAGGUGAGGGGAUGGAAACACCAGAACUCCACCCACCUGGGACAUGCUGAUGGAGCAGAGCUGUGUUAAUUCAAAGAAAACAGUAUCAAUAACCGUAGUUUAUUCAUUUUAUCCUCAUCUCCACUUUCUGUCAUUGCUCUGAAACAGAAUAUCCCAGCACUGGCUUUGUCUGUUUGUUUUUAUUAUUUCUCUCUCUGUGGCAGCCUUUUCUCUGCCCAGCACGGCACAAACAGAGGAGGAGGAGGGGGAGGAGGAGGCAGGUCCUUGUCCUGCACAAAAGUCUGACAUACCCCCAGGGGGUAAACCCGAAUUUUCUCGCAGAAGGCUGAGGAGGGGAGUGGAUGUGGUUGUGUUACUGCAUACAGCAAAUGAUAGUGUGUAUAAAAAAAGGGAUGCUGAGCUGAGCAACAGGACUGUGGCAGAAUAAUUCUAUGAAUUUCACAAGGUUUUUUUUUCCUCCUCGUGGAUUGGAGAGUGUUUAUAAGACCGGGUUCUGCAGGUGAUCCACCUAAAAAAGACCUGAUUCUGCAGGUGAUCCACCCAACCAACCUCCUCCUGCACUGGGGUGGUGGGAUGUGCAAGGAGCUGAGGGCAGAGCCCCCAGGUCCCACAGCAGAGAUGCCAAGGGAUGGGAUGGGGGACGUGCUGCUGGGACAGAUGGUCACAGCUUGGGAAUCAAUGGGAUUCCGAAAGGAAAGGCAAACCCUUGUCACAUGUUCUUGACAAAUAAAGUCCAUGGCAAAGCAAAAGACUCCACCAGUGUCUCUG